AUGCGCUUUGCGAUCAUCGGCACGGGGUUCGUCGCCGACUAUUACAUGACGACGCUCGCCAACCAUCCCGGCCUCGACCUGGCCGGCGUGUGGGACCGCGACGAUGCGCGGCUGGCGCAGUUCUGCGCCCACUGGAAUGUACCGGCGUUUGGGUCGCAGGCCGCGCUUCUGGCGGACGAAACGGUCGAAACGGUCGCGGUCCUGACCAAUCCCGAAAGCCAUUUCGAGAUCGGCAUGGCCGUGCUCGGCGCCGGCAAGCAUCUUUACUGCGAAAAGCCGUUGGCGAUGUCCUUCGACGAUGCGCGGACACUGGCCGGGAUGGCCGGAAAGGCCGGGCUCGUUCUGGCCGGCGCGCCGGCCAAUGCACGGUCGGACGCGUUCGCGCUGAUGCAAUCGACACUGAACGCUGGUGCAAUCGGUGCGCCCAAGCUCGUCUAUGCCGAGAUGGAGGACGGGCCGGUGUUCCGCCUCAACUGGCGCGACUGGCGUUCGGUCUCCGGCGCGCCAUGGCCGGGCGCGCACGAGUUCCGCAUCGGCUGCACGCUCGAACAUGCGGGCUACGCGCUGACCUGGCUGAUCGGCCUGUUCGGCCCGGUGCGGCGCAUCACGGGCCAGUCCGGCACGUUCUUCUUCGACAAGGGCGCCGGCAUUCCGGCCAAUGAGAUGGCGCCGGAUUUCUCCUGCGCGCUGCUGGAGUUCGACAAUGGCGUGAUGGCACGGCUGACCUCGGGCCUUGCCGCGCCGCGCGACCGGGCGCUGACCGUGAUGGGCGAAACCGGUACGCUGACCGUCGCCGAUCUGUGGGACAAUCGCGCGGCGAUCCAUCUCGAGGCGGCCGGAAAGAAGGCCGCGUUCGGCCAUCGUAUCGUCCGGCGGCUCGAACGGCAAUUGGGGCGGCCGCUGCCGCUCCGGCUGGCGGCCGGCCGCAGGCUGGCCUAUCGCGCGCCAGCAAACCGAUCCCAUCUUCCGGCCUAUCCGUCGCAGAUCGACUUUUGUGCGGGGAUCGCCGCGAUCGCCGAUUGCAUCGCGGCCGGCGGGGAAGGGCGCACGCGGCUUGCCGCCGAGGCGCUGCAUGUCACCGAGGCCGCGCUCGCGCUCAACCGCCUUGCCGACCAUGGCGGGCGCUAUGCGAUGCAGAGCGCGCUCUGA